CAGGAACAACAACAUUUCCUUCGUUUACGAUGUUGACAAGGCUAUAUACGGUACCCAGGAGCUAAACAGGCCACAAAUAAGCUACCAGAACAAGUAUGACAUUAUACCUGUGAAUAAAAACGAACCAACAUAUAACGAGACUGUUCGCAACCUGCCAUGUGGCUCGGGACGUGAUUUCACGGUGAUGGACGGUGGACUGACAUGUGACAUUCCACCAGCACCAGGAACCUCUUGUGAUUUGAACUCACUAGUUAGCGACCAGUGUAGCUUGUUCCCAAAGUUAACCAAGACAAUUAUGUUUAAUGGAGUAUCCAUACCAAUUGCACACUGCCCUAAUUAUACACACCUUGUAAUGAAUCCUUGUCCAUCGCAACCAGAAGUUGGUUCUGUCUUGCACAAUGCUGUUAGAAGCUGCAAGCCCAGUUUCACAUCUCACCUAUGUACCUGUGGUACGGCGGACCUAGAGUUCACUUGUGAAAAACCUGUUCAGAAAACCUGCACUUCUGAAACAGUGACAUUCGACAGUGACUUUCAGAACUACACCCAGAUAAAUGGAGUAUGGGCUCGCGACAAUAGCCCAACUCUUUUCUCUGCUGCUGGUUCACAAGGUGACCACACUACAGGCUCUGGUCAUUACCUAUCAAUUGAUAUCGGUGAUAAUACUACUAAAGUGUCUACUCUUCAUUCACCCUGGUAUACUACUAUAAGCAGAGCAUGUACAGUGUCUUUCUGGUACAACAUGGAUAGCGAUGACAAGACAACUAAUGGAACACUGGUUGUGAACUGGGAAAGUGCAUCCUCUACCCACAGGCUAUUUUCAAGGACAGCUGAUCAGGGAAAUGGUUGGGCUGAAGCAAACAUUGUUUUACACUAUCCGACAUAUACUAAGUUUCGUUUGGUCUUUGAAGCAAGUCACACUGCAGGAAAUGCUACAAGUGGUUACAUUGCAAUUGAUGACAUAUCGUUCGACAAGAUGACGUGUUGUGGUGAAGCCGUUUGCCUGCUGCCAAAAAUACAAAAUGGAACUGCAAAUGGAAGAGCACCAUCCAUUAACAAUAAAUUCACAGAGUAUGGAGUCGUGUGUGACUCCGGCUAUGAAUUAUCUCGUUCGGACUACGAGCGCCGAUGCCUCGUCGUCAAUGGACAGUUUAAGAGCCCCCCAUCAUGUAUAGCUGUUUGUAUGUUACCCAACAUACUGAAUGGCUCUACCUAUGGCACAGGUCUGAGUUCUAAUUCUACAAGUUUCAUCACCUAUACAGUACAAUGCGAUAGAGGUUACAAAUUGAAGAAUACCAACUAUGAUAACAACUGCUCGCAUCCCCCCUCUUUUCCGUUUCCCCCAAGAUGUGUGGCCGUGUGUAAGGCACCAAAAAUACCCAAUGGAAAUGUCAGUGGUUUGAAACUUCAUGAGGAGAAGGAUGAUUUGAUUAGUCUGUAUAACGUAACUUGUCAUGACGGAUACAUUGUGACAAAUAGGAACUACGAUCGACUAUGCUCGAGUCCUCCAACGUUUAUCACUCCCCCAAGCUGUGAAGCCCUUUGCCUGCUGCCAAAAAUACAAAAUGGAAUUGCAAAUGGAAGAGCACUAUCCUUGAAUAAUAAAUUCACAGAGUAUAGAGUUGUGUGCGACUUCGGCUAUGAAUUAUCUCAUUCGGACUACGAGCGCCGGUGCUUCGUCGGCAAUGGACCGUUUAAGAACACCCCAUCAUGUGUAGCGCAUUGCCCCCUGCCAAGUAUCGAUGAUGGAUUAGUAGUGGCCGUCGGGUCACUGACCAAGGAUGAGACAGCAGCAGAAUAUAGUGUAACUUGUAAUGCUGGCUAUGUUUUAACCAAUGAACAAUACAAUCGAACCUGCCAUAAUCCUACUGGAUUUACAUCACCGCCCAGUUGUUUAGUUGUAAUGUGCCCAAGCCGAGUAGCACCGGAAAAUGGACAACACGUGCUACCGAGUCAGCUGACCUACGGUAAUCAGAUAGUCUACCAGUGUAACGAGGGGUCUAGUCUUAAUGGAACUAACAUCAGUACUUGCACGGACGAAGGCAGUUGGUCAUCGCCCAUACCUACAUGUGCAGUGAUGGUUGUUGACACGGCGGGGUCUAAUUUAAACUCCAAGUCUGCCGUCGGCACAGUGGUUGGUUCAAUCUUCGGAAUUGGCGUACUGAUCGUUGUAGCAGUGGUGUUCUUUUUACACCAGAAUCAAACUGGAAAGCUACCCCCAGCAGUGCAAGGCCCGGCAACCAAACUGACCAAUGCUUGGACAAACCUCAAGGGCCGUUUCGUUGGAAGGACUGAAUCUAGACAAACAAUUGGUAUAAGGCGGGCCAAUGAUAACAAUUCUUCUCAAUGCGGAGGGGAGGGCCAAGUGGAAACGGACACGUACGAGUCACUUCCUGUUCGUCCAGCUAAUGAUUGCACGGUGACGCUACGCGAACUGCCAAACACCGCGGGUACCAUUGUGGACUAUAAAGUCUACGGGAACGAGAUACCGGCAGAAUGCUCCGAAAAUGAGAUGUAUGCUGGAUUGGAUUCCGCUGGGUUUCAAGUUUACCAGAACAACAAGGCAAAGAAAGAAAAUUCAGAUGAUACCUAUGAGAUGGAUAACCCUGAUUUGCCUGAGAGAAUCAAACCCAUUGAAGAUGAAGAACAUAUUUACGAACUUGAGUCAACCAUCUGCUCCUCCACUCAAGAUGCUUAUCAGAACAAUAGGAGUACAGAAGACAGCCCUGAGUCUGAAAUAUACAACAACGACCCAACUGUGCAAGGUCCUGCUGCAGACGAUAUAUGUGAGAUGGAUGAUGCCCCGUCAAACUCUACUCUGAAUACAAAGCAGAGCCAAAGGACUAUCCCAUGCGCUGCUCAGGAUGACGUUUAUGAGAUGGAUGAUGCCCCAUCAAUCUCGACUACCACUGUUAAGCAGAUCCACAAGACUACCCCACGGGUUGUUCAAGAUGACGUUUACGAGAUGGAUGGUGACCCGUCGAGCUGUAUUAAAGCUGUCAACCAGAGCAACAAGAUCUCUCAAGAUGGUGCUACUGAUGAUAUCUAUGAAAUGGAUGCUGAUGUAAACCAGACCAACAUGCAUGCUGAUGUACACCAGAACAGCGGAACUGUGCAAGAUCCUGCUGCAGCUGAUAGCUCCCGUUAGUGGCAGUCACAUCUAGGGGCGUUCUUGUGCCACGUGAUAUUACUGCUCAACACCCGACCUUUGUGAAUACACUGUGUAUGUACAAUAGAUACCGUUGCUGAUACUAAAGAUGGCAUCAAUGCCGGAUUUGAAUGAUUCUGAAGAUGGCAUCAAUACCGGAUUUGAAUGAUUCUGAAGAUGGCAUCAAUACCGGAUUUGAAUGAUUCUGAAGAUGGCAUCAAUACCGGAUUUGAAUGAUUCUGAAGAUGGCAUCAAUACCGGAUUUGAAUGAUUCUGAAGAUGGCAUCAAUACCGGAUUUGAAUGAUUCUGAAGAUGGCAUCAAUACCGGAUUUGAAUGAUUCUGAAGAUGGCAUCAAUACCGGAUUUGAAUGAUUCUGAAGAUGGCAUCAAUACCGGAUUUGAAUGAUUCUGAAGAUGGCAUCAAUACCGGAUUUGAAUGAUUCUGAAGAUGGCAUCAAUACCGGAUUUGAAUGAUUCUGAAGAUGGCAUCAAUACCGGAUUUGAAUGAUUCUGAAGAUGGCAUCAAUACCGGAUUUGAAUGAUACUAAAGAUGGCAUCAAUACCGGAUUUGAAUGAUUCUGAAGAUGGCAUCAAUACCGGAUUUGAAUGAUUCUGAAGAUGGCAUCAAUACCAGAUUCGAAUGAUUCUGAAGAUGGCAUCAAUACCAGAUUCGAAUGAUUCUGAAGAUGGCGUCAAUACUGGAUUCGAAUGAUUCUCUCUC